CGCGUGUACACAGACCAUGGCGCUGUACAGCUCUGUGUGACAGGUUAGCGUCUGAAACAAACCUCCGGACAGGCCAACGCGUCUGCGCACUGUUUUCCGCUGCCGACAGCAACGGCGGGCUUACAACAAGGAUGGGGUCCCGAAUCAAGGAGAGCCCUGAGUCCACUUUUGAGGUGUAUCUGGAAGUAGUCCACCCAGGCACACACAGCUCUGGGCUGGAAGUGCGAAGGCAGUUCCCUGAAGACUACACAGACCAGGAAACUCUUCAGACUGUGCCCAAGUUCUGCUUUCCCUUCAGCAUGGACAGUCUGACAGCAAAUCAAGUCGGCCAGAACUUCACAUUUGUGUUGACUGAUAUUGAGAGCAAACAGAGAUUUGGCUUCUGUCGCCUCUCCUCAGGAGCCCAUACCUGCUAUUGUUUUCUCAGCUACCUGCCCUGGUUUGAAGUCUUCUACAAGCUGCUUAAUAUUCUUGCAGAUUACACCAUCAAAGGCCAGGAAAGUCAGUGGCAAGAGAUCCUGGUGUCACUACAUACACUUCCCAUCCCUGAGCCAGGGGUCCCUGUUCAUCUUGGUAUGCAUUCCUUCUUCACUGUGCCUGACACAAGGGAACUCCCUAGCAUACCUGAGAAGAGAAACCUAACAGAGUACUUUGUAGCAGUAGAUGUCAAUAACAUGCUUCAUCUGUACGCUAGUAUGCUUUAUGAACGUCGAAUCCUCAUCUGCUGUAGCAAACUAAGCACUUUAACAGCUUGUGUCCAUGGGUCGACAGACAUGUUAUAUCCAAUGCACUGGCAACAUGUUUACAUUCCUGUCCUGCCUCAACACCUAUUAGACUACUGCUGUGCCCCAAUGCCCUACCUCAUCGGAGUACAUUCCAGCCUGAUGGAGAAAGUUCGAGGGAUGGCUCUGGAUGAUGUGGUGGUCCUGAACGUGGACACAAACACCCUGGAUACACCCUAUGAUGACCUCCAAAGCCUGCCCAAUGAUGUGGUCUCAUCUUUGAAGAGUCGUUUGAGGAAGGUUUCAACAACAACUGGGGACGGUGUGGCUCGAGCCUUCCUUAAGAGUCAGGCGGCUCUGUUUGGCAGCUACAGAAACGCUCUGCAGUUUGAGGCGGGAGAGCCAAUAACAUUUAAUGAGGAAACCUUUGUGAACCAUCGUUCCAGUGCCAUGAGACAGUUCCUCCAGAAUGCCAUUCAGCUGCAGCUCUUCAAACAGUUCAUUGACGGCCGAUUGGACCUGUUAAACUCAGGAGAGGGUUUCAGUGACAUCUUUGAAGAGGAGAUUAACAUGGGAGAAUAUGCAGGCAGUGACAAGACCUACCACCAGUGGCUGUUCACUGUGAAGAAAGGGGGCGGUGCUAUCUUCAACACAGUGAAGACCAAAGCAAACCCAGCCAUGAAGACCGUUUACAAGUUUGCCAAGGACCAUGCAAAAAUGCGUAUCAAGGAAGUCAAGAGCCGGCUUAAACAGAAGGAGCAGGCAGAAAAUGGCUUUUCCACAGCAGGGUCAGCAGUCAUUGAUGACGACAGUACAGCAGGAUUUACAUCUUCCACCGGUGCAGUCAGGAGGGAGGGGCCACUGCGAACCUUGGAUGACCACAGGCCAAUCACUGUGCAUUUUGGACAGGCGCGGCCACCAAUGCUGUUGAAGAGACCAAGCAGCAAUGUGAGUCUGGAAAGCAGCAUUGACCACUCUAUCCGUCCUACUCGUCACUACACAGUCUUUCUGUCAGAGGAUUCGUCCGGAGACGAGCUCCAGUAUGAUGAUGACUCCAUCUCUGGGUUUCCUGACAGCUUUCUCUUCUCCGUCCCUUUUGAGUGGUCGCCUCUGCCACAGCCGUACCGCUCCCUGAAGGAGGUUGAUUUGAUAGAGGGGGACGGUCCUGGUUUUGGUGCAGAAAGUCACACUGCCCCUCCCAGCCCAGUUAAUGAGAAGUUCUCCAAUAUCAACCUGCUGGGGGACAUCUUUGGCUGCCAGGACGAGCCUGACAGCCAACCAGUGACAUUGGCUAAAAGUCUCGAGGACCUGAGGACUCCAAAAAGCUCAGAGGAGCCCCAAGCCAAGUUCACCUACCAGCGGAUGGACCUGAAUGUGGGUGAACACUCACGAACACUUCCAGGCCUCAAGCUCUCCAACCCUUACAACAAGCUGUGGAGUACAGGGCAACACGAAACAGCCUUGCCCAUUUGUGUGACUACUCCUGUCCAACAUCCUGUGCUGAUGGAAGCCCACUCUCCGAGCCGUGAAAGCUCUGGCCCAGGCCCCGACUCUUUGGACCCUUCCACCCUCCCGGUAAUCACAAUCCCACGUCCCCAUGGAAGGAAGACGCCUGAGCUUGGUACUGUGCUAGCACCCCCCACAGCCCAGCUGCGCUCUAAACCAGUAGGAGCUGGUGAGGGAGGGACUACAUCAGGCAGACAAGAGUUUAGGCAAGCUUUAAGCAUGACCAUAGAUAGAGACCUGCUGAAGCCCACCAAGGCUGCUGAGGACAAUAUAGAUCUGAUUAGCCUUCUGGACCCCCUUAACAGCUCAGUACCCACCAGCUCCACUUCAUUCAGUGACGGCAUUGAUAUUGGUGUGUCUUCAUCUUCUUGCAAACCAACACUACCGCCCAGGUCUUACCCACAGGGCUUGCCUCCUUUCCCACUGCAUCCCCAAAUAUCACUCAACCCUUUUGCCCAGUCUCUUCAGCACACCUCCCCCCAAAUGCGUUACUCACCAACUGUGAGUGGGAAUCCUUUCAGUGCAGUCUACGGGCCUCCACCAGGCCCCUUUUUACACACUCCAGCCCGACCGCAAUCCUUUUCUACGCUACCAGGGCUCUACAGACAGCAUUCCCCAGGCAGUUCAACUCUGCCACCCAGCUAUGGACUGCUCCAGUCAGCCUUCCCCUCCUCAGUCGUCCCCCUGCCUCACUCCUCUGCCAGCAAUCUCGCUCUUAGCAGUCUGGCAGACUCCACAUCUGUCCCCAGUACAGCCAUGAACAUCCUGGCAAAGCCACUUUGUGCUGAGGGAGACAGCCAGAAGACUCAGGAUCCUUUUGGGGAUCUGCUAAAUAUGGCCAAGCCAGCUACUCCCCAGAAAAAGAAGGUGGAGGACCUUCGGAGGAGGUGGGAAACAUUUGACUAAAACCUGUGAAUAUGUACUGAGGUGCCCCUCUCUGUCACUACCCAAAUGUCCCUCACUGCUGUAUCAGGACCUUCUAUUGCAUUGAAUACUACAUUAACAAUAAUACACGCUACUCUGCUUAUGCAACUCACAAUUGCAGAAAAAUUCUUCAUCGUAAACUGAGGAAGUAAACAUUUGCUGAUUAGGCUUGGGUUAUUUCCCAUGCAGGGUAAUAUUAAGUGUACUUUGUGGACUUGAUUAAAGCAAUGUGACAUAGGGCUGUCACCUGCAGUCGGUUGGUCGAUAUGCUCUUGUCCGACCAAAUUCUCCUUGGUCAGAUUGUUGCUGGUGUUACUUUAAUAAGGCCAUGCGUCCACCAACACGUUUCUUUUCGCAGGUUAUAACAGCAGUUGUUGUUGUUCAGCACUUGUAUCCUCUGUGACAGUUGGUUUUUGUGGUCUUUACCCUGCCCCCUCUCCACUGUGAUUGGACAGCUGGUGAAAUUAAAGAGUGCAGUGUUUUACCCCAAGUUUAACUUGUUUCAUCUCUCAUUUUUAAUUAGAAGAUGGGUAUAUAAUCACAGAAGACAUUCAGUGUUGGAUUUAUCAUAAUGGAUGUAUUUUAUUAAGUCUCUAAAAGACACUGCAGUUCAAGGCUAGAUUACAGAGCUUCUGAAAGGGAUACGGUCACACCGGAGUCCUUAUUUGAGCGGCACGAUGGCUAAUGUUAGCCUCUGAGCUAAAAUAGUAAGUCUCUGUCUCGCAUACAUCAUUACAAAGACACCUUGUAUGUGACAUUGUCAAACCCAGAGUUACUGUCUAUAUAGCAGUGAUACUCAAUUCACCACCCAUAGUUCAAAUCUGGCCCUGUUAAGGUGCCAGGAGCCCCUCCAGUCAUUUUCUAAUUCUCAGUGAAAAUAAAUGGAAUCACAUUAGGAAUUUCUUUUUGUACUUUUAAUGGAAGUAAUAGAGAUGCACUGGUUGGUCACCAGAAUCUGCCGAUUUUCAGUUUGAUCGACUGAUUUUUCAGUUUGUAAUUAAUGUGAUGUAAUAAGUGCAGCAUAGAAAAGCUAAUGCCAACUGCUUCAUGUAAGUGAAAUGAAAAUUCUAAAAUGAUAAGCACAGUACUCCAGGUGGUAUAGUUAAAUAAAAACACAGAGUUGGGUGGUCUAACCUAGUUUGCUAGUUAGUCUGCUAAUUAACUGAUCAGUCCAGAUAAUGAGCAGACUAAUGUUACUAGGGUAGUAGAUAAUAAGCUCAAAUGAUUAAAAGCUAAUGAUAACUGUUUUAUGUAAGUGAAAAUGUUAAAACAAUUAGCCUUAUAUACCAGGAGGUAUAGUUCAGUACAGUUCUUAUGAUAGAUUUGGUAGUUUAUUCCAUGGCACCAAAACAUUGUAAUUAAAAGGAAAGGAAAUCUCUUAUAAAUGAGGUGCCAAAGUCAAUUUAAAGAAAACAACAACAACAAAAAAACAUCAAAAUUGAGCUUGUUUAUUUUAAAAAAAAAGUGCCAGGAGAAGAUUCCCUGAACCCAUUGACAGAGAUACAGGCUAAGCCCCGGAUGUCUUAAAAUCAUUAAAAUACCCCUGUGCUCACCUGACACGUGCAGAGCUGCAGCAAAUUGCCCCUGGCCUCCUGUCAUUUUGCUAAAGUAGCCCCCUGGCAAAGCAAGAUUUUUCUUUGUGACAGAUUUUUCAUCAGUCCUAAUGUUUAGUGGUGAGGCGGACUUGCACUCACAGCUCACCUGGAUGCUCCCAGUGAUACAGUGUGCCAUUUAUUUUCAGAUACUACAGUGGACAUCACAGUUAUUUUUCACUUAUCGCGUUCCACUUGCCUGCACACAGUUUACUUGCCCUGGGCAAGUGUUGAUGUCGAGUUCUGUGACAGGAAAAAAAUGUUUUGGUGGAAACACUACGCUACUAGGUAGAGUGCACUCACUGCACUGCAGUGAGUUAGUUAACUUAGAGAUAAUGUGGAGAUUUGUUUUCCCCAUCCAACCAAUGGAUUGGUUGAAGAGUAGGUGAAUUUCAGUUGACCAAAACUUUCUUUGAUUGGUUAUAGUGACAUAAUGACUUGUGACAUAGUGAAUUUUGUCAGCCCACAGUUUGUUUGACUCUGCUGUUGGUCGCUCAAGGUAUGUUUGCUGACCCCAAUAGUUGAUACAGGUGUCAAAGAUCAUAACUUGAAAUUGGGAACUUUUCUUGCCAAAACAUUAGUUUGUAAGUAGUACAUUAAUGUACAAAAGCUUUUUUUUUUUAAUUGAUGUUUUACUUUUGUUCUAGACUAUAAUGACAUGACUUUCUUCUACUCUCAUGUGUUGCACAUAUGGAGUACAGUUGAACAAGUGCAUCAGAGAUGAUGUAGUGAUGAUUUAGUGGGACAGAAGGUCCUGACCCAGUAUGUAGGAGUGGUCAUGUGGUGACAACCUACACACACACACACACACACACACACACACACACACGCCUCCCCUCCCCACUAUCAUUAGCUCUGCUGCUGACCAAUGACAAACAAGAGUGUGUGUGUGGUGAACAAAUGGGCAGUGUGGAUUGUUUCAUCAGCCAUCACUUGACUUUCCCACCAGUCUACCCAGGAAAUCCCGCUCAAAGCCGGCCUUGCUUCAAGAUGUUCAGAUGCCAACAGUUCUCAGCCCAUCACCACUCAUUAAAAAAUGCUUACAAAAUUCUUCGCACAGCAGCCUCUUGUGUCAUCCAUCUCUAAUGAGACCACAUUAGCGUAGUGCUCAGUAUAGAUCAGUAUAGGUUUGUGACUUUAAAAAUAGCACACAGUGUUUCCUGACUGACUCACAACAGCAUAUGUCUCAGUGAUGUCAACUUGUAAGAUUAGCUAGUAGCUAGUCUGCUAUAGUUAAGGAACAUCCUAAUGGCAUAAUGGUACUGUAGCUACAAAGUGUGGUGCAUCUCAAUCAUGCAGUUAAUUUACCUGUUUAUGUUUCUGAUUGUUUAAUGCACAGUGUGUUUGUUUAGUUCUUUUGGCCUUAGUGAUGAAUCUCUUUGUUGUCUUCUCUCACUGACCUAUGAAAAAAUGUUGCCUCCUACUGUUUUUUAAAAACAAACUUUUUAAGAAAACAUGCAAGCCUACAAUAGCCAGUCAUUCCCCUAAAUGAUUUGAAACAUUUCUGCCUGAUUAUAUAUAUGGGGACUCCGAAACACUUUAUUUCUGUUAUUUUAAAGGUUCCUUUUGCCGACUCUGCUGCUCAUUAAGCUCUCUAAUCGUUUCCUUCUGUUGGUUUUUGCCUUAGUCAAGAAUUUAUUUGUGUUUGAUGAUAAAUACUGACCUACUGAGUUACAGGCUGCUUACACAUUGUGAUGACAAGUGUACGGAGAGAACAAAGAUAAUGGUUCUCACUAUUUUGCCACCAGUUUCUAUUUCAGCUGUUCCAUCUUCUCCAGUAACAGAAAUUGUGUGUGUCACACCCUGUCAGCCUUUACUGCUUUCCAGGUGAUUUGGGGGCAUUUGUGUGUGGUGAAUGCCAAAAAGUCCUUUUUGCUUUAUAUUCCUAUGACAUUUAAUAUGGAAAUGUGUGGACCCUGCCGAGUGAUUCCUGAUUAUUUUAACUUGUAAACCUCAUUUCUUCUUCUGGCAUAACCAUCAGAAAUUUCCACUUGCUCAACACCUUAUAUCCUUAAUAUUUUGGUGACUUUGACCUUUUCUUUAGCACCUCCAUCACACCAGAAUGUCCACUUGUACAAAAUAAAUAUUAAAAUCAUUAUCAAAUAUCAUAAUCCACAGCACUGGGCUCCUUUUUGUCUGGCUUUCUUUGGCAAAUGUACUAACUAACUAACUCCCCUGUUAGCUGGGAGAUAUUGUCAAACUAAGCUAACGCUGACAUGCUUGCUGAGGAUGGCAGUGGGUUUUGGCUGAAGGACAAUUAGAGCUCAUUUUCACUUAGUUUUAAUGCCAGCAUGCAGAAGGCUGAAACAGGAAGUCCACUGGAGUCACCUGCUUUAAGGCGGCUGCCACAUCAUCCAUCCAUCCAUUUUCAUGCGCUUAUCUAGGGCCUGGUCAUGGAAUCAGCAGGCUGAGCAAAGUACUCUGGACGCCCCUCUCCCCAGCAAUGCUUUCCAGCUCUUCGUGGGGGAUCUCAAGGCGUUCCCAGGCUAGAUGAUACAUAUAAUCCCUCCAGCGUGUUCUGGGUCUACCCCACGGCCUCCUACCAGUUGGACAUGCCCUGAAAACCUCUAACAGGAGCUGUCCAGGAGGAUCCUAAUCGGAUGCCUGAACCACCUCAACUGGCCCCUUUUGAUGUGAAGGAGCAGUGGCUCUACUCUGAGCUCCCUCCAGAUGUCUGAGCUCCUCACCCUAUUUCCAAUGGUGAGCCCAUCCACCCUGCAGAGAAAGCUAAUUUUGGCCACUUUUAUCUGUAUUCUCAUUCUUUUGGCCACUACCCAAAGCUCAUGACCAUACAAUACAUAGAUUGACCAGUAAAUCAAAAGCUUUGCCUUAUGGCUCAGCUCCCUCUUAAUCAUGACAGUCCAGCGCAGUGCCCACAUCACAACAGAGGCUGUGCCAAACUGCCAAUACGUCUCACGCUCCGUUUUUACCAUGGACCAUGGCCCAGAGGUAGAGCGGGUCAUCUACAAAUCAGAAGGUCAGCGGUUUGACCCCCGGCUCCUGCAAUCUGCAUGUUGAAGUAUCCUUGGGCAAGAUACUGAACCCCUAAUUGCUCCGGAAGACUAGAAAGGCACAAUACAAGUGCAAUCCAUUUACCAUAUUACAAGACCCCGAACUCCUUUGCCAGAGGGGGCAAUCCACCAUUUCCAGCAGAGAACCUUGGCCUCAGACUUGGGGGUGUUGACUCUCAUCCCAGCCACUUCACACUCGGCAGCAAACGGCAUUAAUUCAAAGGAAAAUGUGAGAAGUGUGUCUCUGUUGCUGGAUUCUGACCCUCAGUCAGUUGCUGUGUGGAAGUUGUGUAGGAGCCCAGGUGACUUAAAGGGACAGUUCAGAUUUGUUGAAGUAGGGUUCUAUAGAUAAAUGGACCUGCGCUAGUCAUCCAACCACUCACAGCGCUUACACUACGAGCACACCCCCUGUUUAGCUUAGCAUGAUGAGAUAAAGCAGAAGGAAAUUGUUUCCCUGUGUCAAAAGUGUAAUUAUAGACCUAUCAGCAUUUCUUGCUUAAACUCAGCAGUCUUGUUUUACCAGCACCAACUACUCACAAAACUGAUUCUGGGCAAUGGAUAUACAAAAUGUUGCAUGCUAGAAUGACCCUACUAACAUCCAGUAGGGGUUAAUAAAGAUAUGUUAUUGUACACCUGACAAAGUUACAGCUAUCUCUGUUUUUAGAAAGAUUAAACUGUGGUGGAGAGAAAGGCGUAGAACAGAAAACAAUGUGGGUGACACACCUGAUAAGAUACAUACAGACGAUGUUCUGCUGUUCUUAACUAAACCUCAACUUAGGCUUCCUGUUAUUCUAGACCUAAUAAACUUGUUUUGAGCUU